GGAACCCGGACGUCUUUAACAGCUCAACUCCUUCGAACGACGACUCGCCUCCCCCAAUUGAGCCGGACCCGCGACUCGAUUGGUAUUCGUCCCUUUUAUCGAUUUUUUCGACGAGUUUGCGAGCGCGCGCGACGCAUUCUGCCAAAAUGAGCUACGUCACCCGCCGGGCGCUUUCGACGCUGAUCCCGCCCAAGGUCGCUUCUCCGAAGGCCAUUGGUGCUGCCCCUGAUGCUGUCCGCAUGCAGCGCGUCGUCAGCUUCUACGAGAAACUUCCCCGUGGCCCGGCUCCCGAGGUCAAGCCCACUGGUAUUCUCGGCAGAUACCAGGCCAAGCACUUUGGCAAGAACCCGUCGGCGAAGCCCAUCGUUCAGGCUAUCGUCUUCCUGCUUGUUGUUGGCUACGCCCAGAACUACUACUUCCAUCUCCGCCACCACAAGAACAACGCCCAUUAAACACCACGUUGCAGGGUGUUUUGGGUUGGCGAUGUCCCAGGCGUGUAAAUAAACCAUUGUUUCAAUAGACAGGGUGCCUAGCGCGCACUGCAACAAACUUUUCUUCGUCAUCCCCGUGUCACGGUUACCAGGCUUGGCCGCCAUGUGUCCAUGGUCCGAGUACACGUUCUUUGAAAGAGAAGAAGCUUGCAGACGUUGAGGGGCCUGUUCAGUUUGCUGCGGAAACGAUGUUGUUCCGGCCAUCCGUGUGAAGCGGGAUUCAAGCCACGCUUUUUCUCGCUUUGCAAUCUCCUGACCAAUUCGAAGUGGCAUUGCGGACAGCUCUUCGAAGAACCGAGCCUACCCAGAUUUCUUUGACCACAGCAUGCCAUCAGCCUAGAGGGAGAGGGUCAUUGUAGAGUGCAUGUACAAAGGCAUAAUUAGGUCGUUUGAAUGCUAUUGUCAUGUAUUCAUAUUCUGCCCCUCUGCCUUUUCCGGAUCACCCUGAGUCAGAAUAUCAAAUGAAGCCC